UGAUCAUCAUGUCGAGACGUCGCGUUUUUCUAUCCUUAGGUUUGUGACUGUCCAGCCCGUUGUCGACGUACGCGGUACCCGGAUCUCCGUGCUAUUUUCCUGCGUAUCUUCACAAAUUCAAUCUACUAGCAAACACCAGGAGCAUCUAUUUUGUGGCUCUCCUCGAACCUCCGCACAACAUAACACGACAAGGCUAAACUGCAGAUAGGGGCAUAUGUACAUGUCGUGUUCGUGAUAGAACGGAAUAUAGACCUUGUUUGUCUCGAAAAGGAAUAGAAAAAGAUAGCUAAAGAUGAUACAUAGGAACACGUAAAGGAAUUUGAAUGCAUGCACGACUGCGAGCUUAGUGUUUUAUUAAGUGUAAGUAACCUGAAUGAAUCCAGUGAAUAUGUUGAGAUACAAAGAUGAUAUGAUCUGAUUCAAUUAUAACGGAGGUGGUACUAGGUGGAUUAAGUUGUAGAAACACUACAACAUUUGAUUUUUUGAUAUUGAGCAGUAGAAUGAUUUCAUGGCCAUGCCAUGCCAUGACUUCAUUAUCGUCCACUAUGUAUUAGAAGCAGUUGCACUUUUUAGAAUCUCGUAGGUUGACGCGACCACGACGAUAUCCUCGAAUUCGAAAACGACUAGAGUAAGUAUCAAAGGUGAUUGCUCUUAGUCGUAGCCUCCCUUCUAGUAGUAGUUUAUUAUAGGUCCCUAUUGAGAAGAAAACAGGCCCAACGAAAUAGUUUGCGUUCAUCUGCAGACAAGAUAGGACGAGGCGGCACUGUUUCUGUUAUUUUUUAUUUGUGUCUUGCUCCAAUCUGGGAAUUUUCAAUCAAAAUGCAACAUCAUCAUCACGUGCCAUACAAGCUGGAGAGGUACCAUUUUCGGGACCUCUCCGUUGCUGACUUUCGUCGGAAAAUACAGAAAUCCAAGAAUCCUAUUAUCAUUGAGGGAUUGGGCUCUCAGGUUCUCAACAAGAAAAAGGAUCAUGAUAACGACCGUGCUGACGAAGAAGGAGACCACGACAACAAGGAUGAACUUUCAAUCGAUUUUCUGAAGCGGCAAGUACGAAAGAAUCUGGUUUUAACGGUGCGAAAUGCCGACGAAACAGAAAAAGACGCGACAUUCGAAGAAUUCAUGGCAGAAUUCGACCAUUGCGAGCAGGAGAAACUCGGCAAGGGCGUUUACCUCAAAGACAGUGCGAUUGCGACGCAAUUUCCGUACAAUUUGUUACUAUUCACGUUCAUGUUGUUGACAAUCACGAUAUCCUAAUGAUCUUUUAGACCCAUGUGAUAACAAUAUUCUGUUGAUUGGAUUUUGAUCAUGAUCAUCAUGAAGAGCUCGAGCUCGACUACUUGUAUUAGCUCUGCUCUCUGGACGAUUGGCUAUGGUUUUUAGAAUGACUAAUAAUUGAAGUAGUACUCAGGCCUUGCUAUGAUUGUUGUAUUUCUUGCAGUGACGACGUGAUUCUUGAUUACAUGUCAGAGAUAUUGCGCAGUGGUCUCGUACGAAAGAUACAUCAGUGACUUCCAUUUUGCAUUUUCGAACUACAUCAAUCACAACCACAGAUGGCUCUUCCAAGAUCACGUUCGCGUGCCGAAAUACUUCCUGCAUUGCUUCAAGCACCGCACCCGCAAUGCCACGCUGCAUGGGAGUGCGUACGUGCAUCCGUCUCUGUUCUUAGGAAACACGGGUACCAAGACGGACCUGCAUUUGGAUCCGUGGCCUACGAAUUUCUGGUGCUAUUUGGUUGAAGGCGAGAAAAGGUGGACCGUUUUUCACCCGGACGAUGCUGCACUCUUGCAUCCUGUGCCCACGCAUGAGGAGCCGGUGUAUGCUUUUCCGCCAGUACCGAAAUUGGAUGCCUUACUAGCUACACAUCCGCCGUCAAGGCCGCAGCCACGGAGGCUAGACUUCACCCUCAAGGCUGGCGAAGUGCUGUUCAAUCCAGCCAAGACGCCGCACGAGGUCGUUAACCUUUCACGCACCCUGAUGAUCGCCGCACUCUUCAUCGACCAGUCGAAUCUCGCAGAUUGUCUCCAGCACACUGAGCGGAUCGUUGCGAAGAUGGAGCUGGCACUACAAGCGAAAGUAAGAGAGGAGACCAUGAUGACAGAGCUGCGGACUCACGAAGGAAAAAACAGAAGAAGCAGCAGCAAAGAGAAGGAAGCCUCUGCUACUUUAGGAGGUGACGAUGGAGACAAAGAUCCCGGCAGUCAAAGGAGAGGGAGUCUGCGCAUUCGAAAUAGUAGCAUCUACAUUUAUGACGACGCUCAGGGAGGUAAUAAACAUAAAGCGCAUAAACUGGGCUCCGCAGAACUGCGGCUAAGUUCCUAUGCAGCGUCCAGUGAAGCAGCUGAUGAUCUGAACAUGAAUGAAAACUGGAGGCUCCACAUGCAUUCAACGCAACAAACAAGUCCUCAAUUACCAGCACCGAUCAGUGCUCAGCACUUGGCAGUCUCAACCGGAAACUUUGGCGGACAACUCGAAGCCGAUGCAUCGCAACCGAAAUCACGAGCUUCUGGUGUGCAAGUGUCGUCUGCUCCACCCGCUUAUAACGACCUCCUGGAGCAGGAGGAAUAUGGCUUGGGCGUAUUCUACUACUCGAUGUUCGAUUUAACGUACUGGUCUCAAGCACACCAUCGGACACAAAAUUUUUGCGACGAGUUGGUUCCGUUCGACGUUGUCGCCCAAGGUUUAGAUAAUGGCGAGGACCCGGCGUCGUGCGCGUCCCCGUCUAGUGAUGUCCCUACUGCUAAAAUCAGCGGUGCUGGUCCUCCUGUUUCUGCCGCACCUGCUCCAAAAGCAGCGAAAGCAACAGCACUACCCAUGCCUAAAGCACCCGUUGUAGACGGCAAUGGCGAAAGUAGUGGCGUUACCGCCUCGCCGGUGGCUGCUCCAAUGGCACCCCCGCCUCAAAGUGCUGUUUUGAAAUACCCUCCAUCCAGUUCCGGCGCAGCCACUGUGGGUAAGAGUGGUGGCUCCUCGACAAGCUCCACUACCACGGUGCCUUUGUUCCGCGAUAAUACCAACAAGUCAACAUCCGCAACUGACGGCGCCGCGACAUCGCUAGACUACCCUCCCCCGUGCUUCUCCCAGACCGCCAUUGACCCUGAGCGAAAGCUGUGGCACAAUAGCGAUCUGAAAGCCCGGAACGCUUUUGAAGCCUCCGAUAUGAAGCUUACGUCCUACUUAGAAUCCAUGAUUAUUGGUACAACCAGCAGCAGCGGCGGGCCCGGUUUCGACCACGAAAAAGAAAAUGUUGGGAGUGGGGGUCCUCUGCCGCACAUCCCGGAACUCCUCGCCUCCGCAGAAUGCGACUCUUCCUCAGCUGUGGGUGCGCCGAUGCCACCGAGAAAUGCCGCUCUAUUUCCUCUCUGGUGGCAACACUCGCGUGCACGUGCAGGUUCCUCAACUCAAUCUGGUGGGGGGGCUGACACAUCAAGUUCAAAUGGAGGAGGUGACUCUUCGAGCCCUACCAAGAAAAGCACUAAAGCUGCAUUUGUACCUCCGCCGCGAGAAUCUCCUGCUGGUGCACAGGGAGCUGCUGUUCUCGUUGCUGCAGAAGAUUCUGGUUCUGCAAGUAGCAGUUAUAAAGCUGCUCCACAAUCGCCGCAUCAAACAUCUCCACCACUGCGUAUCCACCUCAUUCCGUCAACAAAUGUCACAUCGACAUCAGCGUUUCCGAGUUCUGCGGAGCCGGACACCACUCAUCUCAAGAGCCUAUCGGAAGUGGAGGCUGAGCACUCAAAACGGCAGUCCCCCUAUGCUGCUAUGCUGACCAAGAAUCAGCUCGAGUUCCGCAUUUACCGCCGCCGAUGCAUUCUCCGCGCCUUGUCCGAGAUUGAGUUUCCCGAGCUCGAGGAUGAUCUAAAUUUCGCUGAGCGGGUAGAGGGAGGGAGUGAAGAUCAAGAGAUGGACUUUGGUGAUAUGGUCGGUCUGUUUCCACUGCACUCCGCUCUUCGGUUAGACGAGCGUACAAGGGCUGUCAAGUUCUCAAAGACGACAGCAGCGAAUGCAGACGGUCAUACAGCUGGAGUGAACGGCAAAACACACUCACACCACGAGGCGCAAUAUAACUGUUACAGAUUUGUUGAGUCUGGGACACCGACAUCCACUGAGACGCCAUCCAUGGCUGCCUUCUCUUCUAUGUUGGAAACGAACUCGAUCGGAAGUACGUUCGCAAGUUGAGGCGCAGGGGAGUUUGAAGACAAUCGCCAUCAUGUUGAACAUGGCGAAAAAGAAGCUAAGAAAUCUCUCAUUCGGAACGAAGUCCUUUUUUGAAUAAAGCGAUGAUGUUGAAUCGAAAACAUUUACGCCAUCGUGUUGAAUGUUGCGAAAAAGAACCAUUUAAAAAAUUAAAAUCUCUUAUUCGGAACCAAGUUCUUUUUUGAAUAAAGCGAUGAUGUUGAAUCGAAAACAUUUAUACGUGAAUAUGAAGUAUGGCUCGUUUAGCUGCGCAAUCGGAUUAGAUUAGUCAAGAUUCGCAGUGUAUAGCCUCUUUAUGUUGAUUGUUUGUAUAGGAGCCUCAGCCUCAUCUUUCAGGAGGAGUUCAUCGAAAAACGAUUGUGCUGCACGUAUACGGAGAGUGCCACAACAAGCCUGAAGUUCCCACGACUAUCAUACAUAGAUGGUUUACUCUUUUAUUUUUCCAUGCAUAGAAGGUGGAGGUGCUGGUCGUGCACAGCUAGAUUAAUACUUACAACGUAAAAAAGAUGAAGGUAGGUUGGCCACUUGCUACAACAAGCACUGAACUGAGUUCAUCACGCAAACAACGCACAGAUUUUUCUGAUCAAUUUUUCGCGCUUUUUUUGGUUUUUGUUGAGCAUCAGGAUCAGUAUUUUCAAAGAAG